AUGUCGUUUAAUCCGCCUCUUUUACAAGAUGUUCACACAAAGAAUUUGCUACCCGUUCUGGCUAACGGUGAAGCUUAUAUUCUAUUAAGGCCCAAAACUAGCGUUACUUUACAACUUUCCAAACGAAAGUUGAGUGGCAAGGGAAGCACGAUCUUAACAACUCACAGGAUAGUUUUUAUAAAGGAUCAGAAUGAUGACUUUAAGAAGGUCUUUUCAAGCCUCAGUGUGCCAUACUCUCACCUUGAACACCCACUUUUCGUACAACCACUACUACUCUCAAAUCACCUCAAAUUCAAUGCCACUUCUGAUAGAAAUGGAGCACAUCCAUUUGAAUCCGAAGGUGUAUUUAAGGUUCAUUUUGUGACAGGAGGGGCUCAAUUAUUCUUAAAUAUGUUUUUCAAGUUCUACGCUAGGUUCAGGAACAACCCUUCACUAAUGUCAUCAAAUAACCCGAUCUCAGAUCUCAGGGAUGAUAACUGUGCAUUCGUUGACCCAAGUGAUCCUUCUCACGUUUAUUUCACACAACCAGAGACCACUCAAAUUGCAGAACAACAAGAAUCAGCUCAACCACAACAACAGAACAACGUUACAACCCUUCAGGAUUUGGCUCCAGACACUAGAACUGCCAACUUGAUGAACCAAGUAGGUAAAAGUUCAGCAAUAUUUCGUUUUGGAGGAUGA